AUGGCACGGAAACUAAGCCACCAGAGGGUCACGUAUGUGCUCCCUCUGCCUGAUGCCCCCGGUGGGCACCGGCUGGGGGUCAACGGCCUGACCGUCGACCGUCAGAACUCCAUCCUGUAUUCCGCUGGUCGCGACGGUGUCAUUUGCUCGUGGGACCUCGACUGCUCUCUAGCCUCGAACUCGUAUUCCUCAUCCAAUCAAAAGCCGGGCCCGACUCGUUUCAAGACUCAGGUCCAGGCCCAUAGUCACUGGAUCAACGAUAUCGUCUUAACCCAAGAUAACUCAGCCGUCGUCUCGGCCUCGUCCGAUACCACCGUCCGACUAUGGCGUCCACAUUCGGAGUCAACGGAUGUCCCUGAACGCAUCGGAAAACAUAGCGAUUAUGUCAAGGCGCUCGCGACUCCCGGCGGCCAGGCCAGUUGGGUUGCGUCCGGUGGUCUUGACCAUAAGCUUUACUUGUGGGAUCUGAAUGGCGGCGGCGAGAUUUUGAGCAUCGAUGCUGGUGGAGACGAUACGACCGAAAAGGGCUCCGUCUAUGCCUUGGGUGCGGUGAAUUCUGUGCUUGCCAGCGGUGGGCCGGAGAACGUGGUCCGCGUGUGGGAUCCCAAGUCUGGGAAACUCGUGACCAAGUUCGUUGGCCAUACGGAUAACGUUCGGGACAUCCUGGUCAAUGAGGCUGGUGAUACGAUCAUUACCGCCUCGUCAGACCAGACCAUCAAGGUCUGGUCGCUCACGGCGGGUCGCUGCAUGAACACCCUAACCAUGCAUAACGAUAGCGUUUGGUCGCUGUACUCGGACGAACCAGAUCUAUCUGUGUUCUACUCUAGUGAUCGCUCUGGUUUGGUUGCCAAGACCGAUACUCGUGGUUCUGCGGAUGUCGAGCAAGGCACCUGCGUUGCGGCGUUGCAGGAACACGAGGGUGUCGUCAAGGUUGUGGCAGCUGGUGAUUUUAUCUGGACUGCUACACCCAAGUCCAGCAUCAACCGCUGGAGAAACGUCGAUACCACGCUGGAGAUCGAAGCACCUCCAGACCCGGCACGGACUAUUGAUUCGGCCGCAGCUGCACCGGCAAAGUCGAAUGGCCAAACACCGAAGAUCCCCUUCAAUGCGGUCCUGCAGCUGUCAGCUACUUCGGAGCUGCUGCGUCCUGCUUCGCCUUCCAGUGGACACUCCGGGGACACGGGGCUGGAACAUGACCUUGGUCUGACCAUCCCCGUGCACUCGUUGCCCGAAGAAACCAUCGAAGGCCAGCAUGGUCUCAUCAAGUGCCUGAUGCUGAACGAUCGCAAGCGGACCCUGACGCAAGACUCAGCGGGUGAAGUCGUUCUGUGGGACUUGCUCAAGUGUGUUCCUGUUCAAACAUUCGGCAAGCGCCAUAUGGAUGACGUAGCUUCCGAGAUCAACACUACAGAGAGCAUCUCCCACUGGUGCACAAUCGACAUCCGAACGGGCAGGUUGUCGGUGAUCCUUGAACCUAAUCGUUGCUUCGAUGCCGAGGCCUAUGCGGAUGAGGCUGAGCUCCCUGCGUCUGACCUAUCACAGUUCCGGGAGGAUCAGAGAAUUAACCUUGGAAAGUGGAUCCUGCGCUGGCUUUUCGCCCCCCUCGUGGAUGAAGAGAUUCGACGGGAUAACGAGUAUCGCGAGGCCGCCAUCGCCAAAGCGGAGGAACUUGCCAAACUCAAUCCCCCGAUUACCUCCGCUCCUGGUGAUGAUGUCCCUCGUAGUAUGGGUAUCCCCAUUCACAGCGAUGCUUCUGCGACCACUUUGCGCCCUGGAAUGGACUUCGCGGGGAUCCCGGCGACUCCAGGUUUUGGCAUCAACAUCGGCACGCCAUCAUCCGCGACAUACCUGAGCACCUCCACGCAGAGUAACUCUUUCUUCCCAGCGUUUGACGCCGAGACUCCAGAUCCUCUGUCUUCAAACCAUGCAGCACACGACGGACACCCGUCAUCCUUCUCGGAUAGAUCUGAUUACUUCUCUUCUCGGCAACCUCAGAUCGAGAGUGACAAAAUUCCAAUGUCGCCUUCUGAUGUCGCUUCCAACUCAGGGCUUCCGCAAUCCCCGACCGAACCUGACAAGGAGGAGCGUAAGAAGGGCUCAUUCUUUGGAAAGAAGUUGAACUUCCCAAAGAAGCUUGGCCGCACUUCUACCGACACCAAGCCCCAGAUCCUGGAAGAGAAGCCCGAGGAGUCUGAGAUUUCGUCUGUGAAGGAAGAGAAGGUUUACGAGGCUAACAUUAGCGGUGUCAUUGAUCGCAUCCAUGAUGAUUAUGAGGAGUUCUUGUCUAAUAAUCCCAGCCAAAACUUGGUGACGGCGAUUACUCCCAGUGCAGAGAACGAGACUCCUCGACUGGAUAUUCCUCCUCGAACUGCGGUGUUUAUUCAGGAAGAGACUGGUGAUACUGCAGUGGCAUCGGAUCUUUACCGUGGUAGUGUUGGUCUUAUUGGACAAGACAUUGAACGGUUGGAGAAGGCUAUUCCUCACUGGCUUGGGGAAUUACUCCUGAAGAACCAAAUCCCCUUCAAGGAGCAGGUGAAGAUAGCAUUUGUUCUGAAACCGUUUGAUGAUUCUUUGCCACCAGUGGUCAAGCCCGAACUACCCAGCGCCACUACUGGCCCUGCGAAUGUUGUUAACAACAGCUCCCGGCUGAAUGCCAAUCGUAUGCUGCGCACUAAGAAGGUCCUGGCCUACGUGGCGGAGCGAAUUGAUCCCCCGAACCCCGACGAGCCCGAGGCUAACCAAAUGCCACCUGAGGAGUACCUUGAGCUGUAUUGCCAGAAGAUGCUGUGCCCGCCCAAUAUGACUUUGGCCACCAUUCGCACGCACCUCUGGCGCACCUCUGGAGACAUGAUUUUACACUACAAGGCCAACGGCAAAAAACAGAUCCGACCCCCGCAGUCCUUGAUGAACACCGACGAUACCCAUCUGACUGCGGAUGAAGCCAAUGUCCCUAACGGUGACGGCAAUGCACCCCCGGGAAGUAUUCACUCCAUGACCAACUCCGGAUCUGUUGCCGGCUCUGUCACCACCUAG